AUGUUAUCCAAUUAUUCUUAUAUAUAUAAGAUCCAAUAUUUUUAUAAAUAUAACAUAACGGAUCUAAGCUUUUUCAUUGAAGGAUUGUUUCAUUUCUUCUUCUUGAUACAAAUCUUUGUUGAAAUGAAUGUUAAAGGAAUAAUGGUAAAGGAAAAUAAAAGUGAUUCAACAACAUCAUCAUCAUCAUCAUCCAUUGGAACAUUUUCAGAAGAUUCAAUGAAUUGUUUGUGUUCUUGUUCAUCUGAGUUGAUAGAGGAUGCUGAUUCAUCUUCAACUUCAUCAUCACAUUCAAAUGGAUCUUUAUGUGACUUAUCAGAGCUCAUGAACAAUCUUCCAAUAAAGAGAGGGUUGUCGAUGUUCUAUGAAGGGAAGACACAAUCAUUCAGUUGCUUAGGUGAGGUAGAAAAGAUGGAAGAUGUUCCAAAGAAAAGCAAUAAAAGAAUGAAGUCAUGUAGAAGUUAUGGUGAUAGAAUAUGGUAUAAUAGUCCAAAGGCAACAAUAUCAAAAAAGACUUCAAGACUGACUUUUUCAUCUGUAUUAACUAAAAGAGGGACUUUCUUACAAAGGUCUAGCUAGCUCUUCCAUUCUUGUACAUAACAACUUCUGAAAUCCAAUUAAUUACAGACAGCUUGCUUCAUUUAUAAAAAGCUUUUUAUUAAUCUCA